CUUUUUCUUUCUAUUAUCUGCAUCUAAUUUAUGCAUUUGAUUUGUAUAGUUUGUUUCUUAGCAUAACAAAGAUCACGUGUGCGUUCCUGUCCUGGACUAGCACGAAUCGGAGAGAGGGUUAUUCUGUUCUGGUUAGGUUACGCUGUAUGCAGCACAGUGAUAAUAACAUGGAAGCCUCCAAACUCAGUAACAGUACUCAAAAUAUUCGAUGCCAUCACUGCGCAGGACCCCUUUCAAACCGCAUGGAAACUAGUCACUGGACCGUUUCGCCUCUCAUCAGGGAUAGCUUCUCCAUGAUUGGUUCUGCCGUUGGCGGCACGGCGAGUGCAUUUUAUGGAUUCAAUCUUGUUAUGCCAAUUGUCCAGAGAAGAAUAAAAGGACCCAUGUGGUUGCAUUUUUUCAUUGGUGCACCCCCUGUGAUAGUAUUCUCUUCAGCAUGCGCGGGACUGGCAGGUGGUGCUGUUCCAGCUGUGGCACAACUUUUUUCCUCCUCUUAUCAUGCAGCAUACUCAUCUCCGCCAUCAAAGAAUGAAAAUAUUCAAAAGUCAAUAAAAUGAGAUAAUUGCUGUCUUGAUGUGACCAUGCAUUCAUCACAAUGUGUGCUGAAGAGAGUUUUGUUUUUUUACCUGUGUAAAUACUGCUCUAGUUUGUUAUGUUUGGAUGGGAGGAAAGAUAAGCA